AUGACCGAACAUAUUGCUGCAUUUGAUGACCUAGACGCCGAGAUGGCUGAUCUUAUCCUUAAGCUCCAGCUCGAAGACAUUGAAGACCUCCGUGCUUGCUCCAAAGACAAGAACCGAGAUGGCUUGCUCAACGAUGCCCAGAUGGCACUGUCCUUGCUUGAGGAGAAUCUCGAAGGCAUACGCUCAAUUUUGUCUGACCGACAAAUGACCCAAAGCAUGGCGAAUGCUGUACAAGCGGAUGCUGAGGCCAUUGCGAAUGUUGUCAGUGAAGAAGAGACCGCGUGUGAAGACCACGCUCUGGCACAUCGCCUAAACGGAACCAAUAUCACACCCGAAGUCCACCUCCAGCCCAGUGACCUGAGUGUAAAGAUCCUUGCGAAACUUGCUGGACGAUAUAUGUCUGAAGACGUCGGCCAUGGGCUGUUUCAGGACGCAAGAGCCAGGGCAGAGUGUGGGCCAGAUCAGAAUCGGCAGGCAGAAGAUUUUGUGCAAGGAUCUGCUCGUAAGCAGGCACUCAACGACACAGGCGAGCUCCAAUGCAUUGCCUGCAACGACGUCAAGAAGUUCUUCGACGUUAUCGAGGUAUCCUGUGGCCAUGGUUAUUGCAAACCGUGUUUGCAAGUCCUUGUCGAUCUGGCCACCAAAGACGAGUUAUUGUUCCCGCCACGUUGUUGUCGUGAACCCUUUCAAAUGAGUGAAGUUAACAUCUUUCUCACCAAGGAGCUCAGAGAUCAAUUUGAGCAUGCUCAAGUUGAAUUCGGCACUCGCGACAGAGCCUACUGCUGUUUAGAGACUUGCUCUACUUUCAUACCUCCAAGUGAAAUUGAUGGCGAUACAGCAACCUGUGUAAAGUGUGGUACACUUACCUGCAAUAUUUGCAAAAAGCCAGCUCAUGACGGCCAUUGCCCAGAGGAUCCUGAACUCCAGGAGAUGCUCCGGCUUGCAAAUCAGAGCGGAUGGCAACGAUGCUAUGGCUGUCAUUGUCUGAUCGAGCUUGACGUCGGCUGCAAUCAUAUAACAUGCCGAUGCGGUGCACAAUUCUGCUACGUUUGCGGAAUUCUAUGGAAACAAUGUGGCUGCGACUAG